CAGUUUCGUGACUGAAAGGCGUCUGCUUCGUACUCAGGGCGAGAGCGCGCGCGCGCGGCCUGCCCGCACCCUACACCGGCGAGCCGAUCGAGCGCAAGCCCCACGCCGCCCGAACGGUGACAGACGACAAGGAAUGGCCGCGCCGCUCGGCGUCUCCGCAUCUCCGGCGGCGGGCAGCAAGCAGCACGGCGCGGCGCCGCCGGGGCUGGCGGGCCGCGCGCGCGACGCGGUCGUGUUCGCGGCCGGCGUGGCGGCGGCCGCGGCCAUGCUCGCGCUCCUGGGCUCAGCGUCCGUCCUCGAGCUCGCGCCCUGGAGCGGCAUCCCGCGGGUGGCUGUCUCCGCCCCCGGGCCGGACGACGGGCCGCGUACGUUCUACGACGACCCGGAGCUCUCGUACGACGCCGUGGGCGGCCGCCGCCUCGCCGGGUGGGACGCCAAGCGCGUGGCGUGGCUGCGGUCGCGCGGGUUCGCGCGCGCGUCACCGGAGCGCGUGGUGAUGGUGUCCGGGUCGCAGCCGGAGCCGUGCCCCGGCGCCGCGGGCGACCACCUCCUCCUGCGGUUCCUCAAGAACAAGCUCGACUACUGCCGCCUCCACGGGAUCGAGCUCCUCUACAACCGGGACGUCCUGCAGCCGGCCAUGACCGGCGCCUGGGCCAAGAUCCCCAUCGUGCGCGCCGCCAUGCUCGCGCACCCGGAGGCGGAGUGGGUCUGGUGGGUGGACUCCGACGCCGUCCUCACCGACAUGGACUUCUCCCUCCCGCUCGCCGCCAGGUACGCCGGCCGCAACUUCGUCGCCUACGGCUGGACGGACAAGAUCGCGCGGCGGUCGUGGCUGGCCAUCAACGCCGGCGUGUUCCUCAUCCGCAACUGCCAGUGGUCGCUCGACUUCAUGGACGAGUGGGCGCGCAUGGGCCCCGCCUACCCGGAGCACGCCCGGUGGGGCGAGGUGGUCCGCGCCGCGCUCAGCGACAAGGGCGACGACGCGUGGUGCGACGACCAGUCGGCGCUCGUCUACCUGCUGCUCGUCAGCAGCAACCGGGAGCGGCUGGGGAAGAAGGCCUUCAUCGAGACGGAGUACUUCUUCCAGGGGUACUGGGUGGACGUCGUGGGCCGGCUCGACGGCGUCGCGGCGCGGUACGAGGCCGUGGAGCGGGGCGCGCCGCCGGGGCUGGGGCUCCGGCGGCGGCACGCGGAGCGGGAGCAGCCGCGGUACGCGGCGGCGCGGAACGCGGCGGUGGGCGGCGGCGCCGUCCCGGGCCCGGCGGGCGGCGGGGUGGAGGGGUGGCGGCGGCCGCUCAUCACGCACUUCGUCGGCUGCCAGCCCUGCAGCGGCGGGCGGAACCCGAUGUACUCGAGGGAGAGCUGCGACGACGGGAUGCGCCGCGCGCUGGGGUUCGCCGACGACCAGGUGCUCCGCGCGUACGGGUUCCGCCACGCCGCGCCGCUCAACGACACCAUGCUGCUGGUGCCGUUCGACUACCCCGCCGCCGCGCCCGCGCGCAACGAGUGACGGCGGGCUGCGAAAUGGGAGCUCGGCAAUAAGGAAUUGAGCCUCUUUGUAUUUGGGUUUUGCAACCUGUUUUGUUUUGUUGGAGAUGAUGAUCCGAUCAACUCUAUCUAUCUGAUCCGAUCAACCUCUUUGUAUCUAUCUGGUCAUGGCCCAACAUGACCAGGAGCUCACAGACUUACCUGCAGAUGUGAAACAACAGAGUUUAAUCCUAUAGUAUUAGAACCAUGGCAUGCAGGAAAGUCAACUAAGUCUGUACCAGUAUUCUUAAUUAUACACUCUUUGCUACCAUAUAUAUAUAAAAAAUUCUGGUGCUCUAAGGUCAA